AUGGCGUCAAAAUUAGUUUUUUCUCCAUCGGAGGAUGAAAUUCUUAUUCAAGAAGUACAGGCCAAUUCUAUUUUGUAUGAUUUGGCCGAUGCUAAUUACAAAAACAUUAUAAUGAAGGAUAGUAUCUGGACGGAAAUAUCCCUCAAGAUUGGAAAAUCUGUAGACGAUACAAAAAAGCGCUGGAAGAAUAUUCGUGAUUCAUAUUCCAGAAAUAAGAGAAAGCCGGGAACAGGAUCAGCAGCGACUAAAAAAAAAUGGAACUUGGCACCUCACCUUGGUUUUCUGGAUCGAGUUGAAUAUGAGCGAGCAUCAACUUCCAACGUCACUGAGGUUCAAGAAAUGGUUACCACUCACGAUCAAGAAAAAAAUGACGAAGUUUUUAGUGACAGAGAAAAUAGUUUAUCGACUGAAAUACCGCCAACUAAAAAAUCUAAAUUUAUACCUGCACAAUAUCUUCAACGAUCAAACGAACGAAAUGAAUUGAUUAAAAAAAUACAAGCACGCAAUGAGCAACUUUUAACGAGGGAGGAAGAAAAAUUAGACGAAAUUGACAUGUUUUUCAGAGGUUUAGCUAUAACAGCUAAAAAAUUUCCGAGUAAGGGAAGAAUUGAAGCAAAAAAAAAAAUAUUUGCAUUAAUGACCGAGUUGGAGGAAAAAUAUUUAGUACAAGAACAACCAAUUUCUCAAUUUCAAACUAUUCAUCAACCUCAUCAUCUUCACAUUCCGUCAGAAAACAUGUAUUUACAGUCAGUGUCCACGAAUCAAUCAUCUCCAUCAACAAGUGUAUAUUCGGAUACUACGUCAUGCUCACCUUUUAAUCUAUAUAAUAUGGAUGAUGCAACUAUGUAA